AUGAAUAGCUCCCAGAUAUUGACCGACGGGGUUUCCGAUGAGCGCGCUUGGCGGGCGAGUAGCAUUGAUGAUAUCACAGCUUGGUACUACCCAUUAUCCGAGGAUUGUCUCUCCAGCUUCACGUGGGUUAUCCGUGACGCACAGCGUAAUUCCCGACCGAUUACAGAAAUUUCUCAUCCGGAUAGAUCAUCCAAUGGCUGCGAAGGGUGCCUUCAACCGGCACUUGAUGCCCUCAAUUCAGGACGUGGUUUUGCUAUCGUCGAACGGGUGCCAAUCGAACAGUAUCAGGUUGAAGAAUCGCUGUCAAUGUACUGGAUGAUUGGUCAGUUCCUCGGCAUCCCCAUGGAGCAGAAUAUUGAAGGAACGCUGUUAUACGAUGUGCGAGAUACGGGCAAAAAUGUGGCGCAGGGAGCACGGUUUUCAGUGACCAAUGCCGAGAGUUCGUUUCAUAACGACAAUUCCUUCGGCGAACUGCUGCCCGACCUUGUGGGGCUGCUCUGCCUGCACACGGCAAAAUCUGGCGGACAAAGUCAACUUAUCAGCGGUUACGCCCUCCACAAUGAACUGCUGGAGAAUCACCCCGAUGUCCUCAAAACCCUCUAUCAACUGUUCUGUUUUGAUCGCCGGGGACAGUUCAAAGCCGGGGAAUCCCCGACAUCUCAAUUCCCGAUCUUCCAGUGGAGUAGGGGGUGA